AUGGACGACGCCUCUACACCAUGGGGGCUAUACGCCCUCAUGGUUCUAUGCCUUACUCUGGCCAUGUCUGGAUUAGUCUGGUGCAUCUGCUGUGGCACUUGCGUUGGGAGAGAUGCUAUGAGGGCUGCAGGUUUGUCAAGGUUCGUCCCGCCGCCAUAUAUGAGGCCCUCAUUCAUGAGUCGGGGACGAUAUCAUCGGAAUCGUAGCAAAGAUGAAGAAGAGUUUUCAGGAGAUGAUAUCGACAUGGAUGUGUUGGUGGAAGAGCAUCACGAUUCUUCUGUAGAAUAUGACUAUGACUUUUCAGAGGACGACCAAAGCGACAAUGAAAUGGAGGGCGUUCCGUACUCAAGAAGGUCAUGA